AUGAUAUACCAUGAUUCUCUCCUUGCUAACUUUCGUUCUGUAAAUCUUCGUAUGGAUACUGCAUAUAGCAGUCUCUCGGACUGUUUACAACGAUUGCAGAUAGCCGCCGAUAUUCAUGAUAUCUCAGAACUUCAACGCACAUUUAGAUACUUAAAAGCCUUAAGUCCGUUUUCUUGGUCAGAACUUCGUCAGCUGAUAGUCUUUGUAGUAAAACGAAAUCUACAUCCCCAAGAAUACUUAUGGCUACAACGUCUAGUUAAUACUAUUCGCUUUUUAACAUUGGAUUUUCAUGCUUAUUUAUCCAGAAGAUAUGAUGCCCAUAUAGCUAAUGCAUUGAUAACUCGCUUAACUCAAUUCAUAGAAUGUUUAUUAUCCAAUAAAAGAUGGAUGGAAACGAUCAAUACUCUCGAUUCGCCACCUUCUAGCUUAAUUUAUGAACUAAUGCUCUUACGUUCAGAUCUAGUCGAUUACAAAAACACCACAUCAAAUCUAUUCUCAUUCAAUCCUAUACAUCAUGUUUAUCAGCUAUGCUAUACUUUAAUAUACCGCCCACAUUUUGACAUACUUAUGCAACUGCUAUACCAAUUAGAUCAGCUUCGACAACGACAACCGCUGACUCUUCAAGAUCCCUUUGGAAUUUAUGUUGCAAUUGAUAUAUUAGCUAUUACUAUGAAAAAAGUUAUAAAAGCUGAUCUGCAACAAACCUUAUGGAAUGGCUGCGAAAAUUAUCCUCCAUGUUCGCCACAAGAACGUUUGCCUGGUUUCCGUCAUUACUUCCAAUUUGCUUUACAAUUGAAUCAGCAUGGAACAAAAGUUACAACCCCCUUGUAUAAAUGGUUCGAAGAAGCGAUCUUGCUCUCGCUAUCAAAUUAUCUUUCUAAAGAUAUCACAUCAGCAUUAAUAUCACAAAUCCAACAAAAUUCCAGGUUGGUCAGUGACAGAAAAUGUAUUCAGCAUUUAACACAAUCAAUACAACUAUUUUCUACACAAACAGUUCAUCUAAAAAUUAUUUCAUUACCUCAUUACUACCUUGAUAAUAUAUGCAUUCGACCUUCCUACAUGGAUCGAAUUGAUCGCAUUUUAUUGAAAAAACAUCAAAUUUGUAAUAUAACAUCAGUGCCGGAAUCUCAGCGAGACGAGUUCAAAGAUAGACAAACAAAUCACAAUGAAGAUCAUCAAGGAAAUCAAAAAUCCAUCGCAAAUGGUAAACUACAAAGUAACGGUAUUAACGUAAAUCAGUCUUACGACAUGGUACGUGCACAUAGAGAGUUAUGGAAUGCAAACGGUAACGGAAGUAAAGAUCGUUUACUUGGACAAGAGGAGCAGUUAGAAACUACUAUAGUUCAAAAAUUUGAUAACUGGCUGAAGCCGAAUGGGAAUUACGGUCAAUCAGUAAAGCUUGAUCUGUUGACUGAUUGUAGUGAUGAAUAUAAUACAAAUCAGAAUGAAUCGAAAGAUUCUGAUAAUAGCUAUCUAGAUUCGUUGACAAGCAAAGAUAGCCAGUUGAUAGGAACUGACUCAAUUAGGUAUAAUAACGAAAUACUGAAAGCGGAACAUGAAUUAGUAGGACAGUUUAGCAUUGGAUGGUCGCCAAAAUAUAAAACCAAUCACUCCAGAGAGCAUAGAAGCAAAAGCCAAGAGGUACUCGAAAAUGGUAGUCGUCAAUGUAUCAUCAAGGAUGGAAACGACGGCAUAAGCGAAACUAACAAAUACUUCGAAGGAUAUAUGUUAGAUGAAUGCUGGCUCCUAAAAUAUCAAGAUAUUUCUGACACAUAUCAAAGUAAAGAAAAUCUAAGUGAGCAAUUACUUGAUUCUGAAUUACUUAAAAACUGUAGAGCUGAUUUUUGCCAGGGGCAAAAAAUUGAAAAUUUAUAUCGGUUGCACCAUAACCAAUUUAAAACUUCAUGUGGCACUGGCAAAACGUCUUUAGCAAUACAUUACGCAAUUUUACAUCAAAGCGAGUUCGACGUAAUCUAUUAUUUAAAGGCUGAUUCUAUACUCUCAUUGCAGCAAGAUUUUGUUCAAUUAGGUGCUAUGCUUAUUGAUAAAUAUCGUCAUCGUAAAAAUGAACAAAUUUGUAAAUUAUCGAAAAUUUUCUCCACUUACUAUAAAGAUUUAACAGUAAAAGCCAAACAGCGGCAAAAUCUCUUACAGAUAAGUCAUUGUAACAGUGAUACUAAUGAAUUAAUUGAAGCAAUCCUAAAGUUAUUACUUGAUCCAAUUACUGGUAAAUUACUUCUAAUUUAUGAUAAUGCUGAAGAUAAUGAGUGGAUUCAUCGUUACUUUCCUAAACGUUACCAUUGCUACAUAAUCGUCAUCUCUGCAGCCCCAUUUACAAGGUUUGUUACUCUUAAGGUAGAUAUAUUCGAUCGUCAAUUGUCCAUUUAUUACCUUUGCAAAUGUUUAAAUCAAGAUGACCGAGAAAGCGCUAAUAACAUUGCUUCGAAAAUGAAAGACUUACCUUUAGCAUUAUUUUUAGCUAAAACUUUUAUUUAUCAACAAGAUAUUUCCCUUGCAUCUUACGUUUAUAAAUAUCGCCAAGUAGAACGAGAAAUAAAGCCCUUAAUUAAUGCUAUGUAUUCUCUUCCCUCUAUGGUUGUUACAAACCUAAAUCAAGCGCUUGAUAUAAACUUAAUUCUGCCUUGGUAUAUAAAUGUACAAUUAGCAUCAGAAAAUAACCCUACAGCAGAAACGGUGAUUAGUAUUUUAGCCUAUCUAGAUCCGAAUAAGAUCGAAAUUCGUUUCCUUUACGGAAUAAUAGAAAGGAUCAGUAGCAAAAAGAGUCAGUUGUUAUCCAUUUUACGUCGAUUUCAUAUUUAUGGACUGAUUAAUUGCAUUGAUGAACAUAACUAUUCGAUCAGUCGAUGUUUGCAAACAGUUAUACGUUGUAUGGCUACUAUAAAGGGUGAAGAAGUUAAUCUAUUAAGUUUUAUAAUUACUUAUUUUAUUGAUCAACUACGAUUAGACUAUUGCGACAAAAUCAACUGGGAAAUAAGUCAAUUAGCUAUCAGACACUUACAAGUCGCAUUUGAACAUGCUAAAAUUCAUCCUAUUUUACGACCUCUAAUGAUUCAAGCAGCAGCUUGGCUUAGUUAUAGCUUUUGCAUACAUAAUAGUUAUCAUCAGGCUAAAAUCUAUGCUGAUCAGUGGUUAGUAGCUUUUGAGGCAGUCGAAAGUGAGAAACAAACGUGGAAAGGUAGCCGUGAAAUCUUUAUUUCUAUUCCCGAAAAUCAACUUAUAUAUCGUGGAUUUCACAACCUUUGCCUCUACAAUGGGAUAACGGCUAAAGCCAUGUAUGCAUUACUAGGGAAAAUAUACUGCCAAAUUGGUAAGAACAAUCAAUCUCUGGAAUAUUUACAGAAAUCAUUAGCAAUACGUCUGCAAAAAAUGGGUCCAGAGCAUUUAAGUGUUGCUUCUACGUACGAAAUAAUAGGAAGAGUGUUAUGCUAUUUAGGUCAGCCCACAAAUGCCUUACGAUAUCUUCAAAAAUCGUUAACAAUCAAAAUCAGCUAUUUAGGCAAUGGCCAUGUCAAUGUUGCUGCAACCCAUCAUAUAAUUGGUCUGGCAAAUUAUAUUAGCAUUGAGCAAAGCGACAAAGCAAUACAACAUCUUAAUAAAUCUCUAAAUGUUAAAAUUCAGCAUUUUAAUGAGCACAGUUUAGAUCUUGCAAAUAGUUAUCUCGCACUAGCUAAGCUACAUUUCUAUCGAAAUCGAUUUCAAUCGGCUAUAACAGAAUAUUUAAAUGCAUUUGACAUCGAAAUUCACAAAUUGGGCCGGAAUCAUAUCCGUGUAGGCCAAACAAGUUUUUAUUUAGGUGAAACCUACCACAUGAUGAAAGAUUUCAAUUUAGCAAAGCAAUAUUAUCAGUACGCCUUACAAAUCUUUAAGAUCCAUUUUGGUUAUCAGCAUGCUAAAACAGCAAAUAUUUACUAUUGUCUGGGCCAAGUCAGUUAUGCUGAAGGUCAGUUUAUAACUGCGUUGGAUUACUUUAAACAGUCUAUUGGAAUUGAGUUAGACAAAUAUGGGAGCUCUCAUUUUAAAAUAGCUAAAACCAGCUAUUACAUGGCGGAAUUAUUAUAUCACUUAGGCGAUCAUAAUGAAGCUCAAAAAUUCUAUAACGUUGCGCUAACGUGGAAUGAUCCUGAAAUAGCAACUUUGAAUUAA